GACAGCUGGGUUACGUCGGUCGACCUAAUGAACAUUGCCGAGUGCGUUUUGGACACGCAUUUGUGCACCGAAGAGAAGAAUAGGAUCCGGCGUUGUUUCGAGGACAAGAAACCCAAGUGCCUAAACCCGGGGGAUCCGUUCUACGUUCUCUUGCAGUCAUACAACAGCCCAAAGCCGCGCAAUAUCGACAAGUCAGUCAAGGUUUAUCGGGCCAUCAACCUUAUGGCAAUGAUGAAGAAACUUUGCCGCUCCUAUGUG